CUCCUCUGCUGUGAAACCUCCUUAGUUGACAGCUUUUAUGACCUGGCAGUUUAACUAGUGAUGUUACGAAAAUAAACAAAACACAAAUGUGUAAGAAACAGCAGAGGGACCUUUAGGUUGUAGUUUCUCCUACAACGUCGCUGCGCUGGCCCUUUAAGAAAGCCGGGGAUCAAAGAGUCCUUCUGAUAGCAGAACAAGCUUAUACCAUAAACAUGUCUGAACAAGCAUAUCAGGCACCAGCUGCUCCUGACAGAAGCCUGAGCACACCGGAACCACAGAGGACGGGCUCCUGGAAGACACCCAUACAAAUCUUGUAUGAACAUGGAGUCGUUAGUGGUGAUCUCCCCGUGUUUGUGAUGGAGAAAGCAGAAGGAGAGGCUCAUCAGCCCAGCUUCGUCUUCAGCGUGACAAUAGGAGGCGUUAAAUGUGCAGGUCAGGGACCCAGUAAAAAGGCAGCUAAGCAACAGGCUGCAGAGGCCGCACUGAAAAUUUUGAACAUCGACUCUGAAAGUGGGGCCAUUUCUGGGAGGUCCAACACUAAUGGCAUCAUAGUAGCAGAACCAAACAACCCCGUGGGCCUGCUGCAGGCCCUGGCGUUGCAGAGAAGAUGGCGUGUUCCUGAAUACAUUAUUUUAACAGAGAGCGGGCCGCCACACCGAAAAGAGUUCACAGUAAUCUGUAGACUGGAGUCGCUGACCGAACAGGGGGUUGGAAACACCAAAAAAGCAGCAAAAAAGGAAGCAGCAGAGAAAAUGGUGGUGAAGCUUCAGAGUUUGUCAGGAUCCUCUGAGAUCACAUGGACUCCUAAUCCAAGUACUUGCUUUGAGAACAUCAGGAACUCCACAGCAGAGAGGAUCUCUCUACUCAGGAGAAAUCCUCUGAGCAUUCCCAACACUGACUACAUUCAGAUGCUGCUUGAUCUCUCCAAAGAGCAAGGCUUUGAGGUCACAUACUUUGACAUAGAUGAGCUGACGGUGAACGGUCAGUACCAGUGCCUGGCAGAGCUGUCCACCUCCCCCGUCACCGUGUGCCAUGGCACCGGCAUCUCCUGCAGCAACGCCCACAACGACGCGGCGCACAGCGCCCUCCAGUACAUGAAGAUCAUGGCUUCCAGCAAAUGAAAAUCCCAACUUGCACCAACAGAUUCUCCACCAGACCCCAUCAUAUGCACUCAUCUGUGUCAAAGAGCAGCUCUGUUUGAGCUCUGAUCUCAACUCUUAGCAUAAGCAGGUUUUUCAUGGUGCUUUUAAGAGGCUUCAACUAUUCAGAGUAUUUAAGCAAAUGUUAAGUAAGAGCAACAAAUUAGCUUUUUAACUUAUCUUGAAGCAAUCAUGCUUUGUUCAUUUAGAUUUCACACUGCUGGCUUGGCUCUUUCACUUGAUUUACAGUCAGGAGGGAAGUUACUUCAGUUACCAGUUAGGUUUGUUUGUUUUUUAACUGUUAUCACAAAAAAUUGUAUAUCAGGAGAAGAAACAGUUUGACUGUUAGGAAUGUUUCCAUUUAGAUCCAUCCCAGAAAUUCAGCUUGUAAACAGUGGAUCCAGAAAGUGUUCACAGUCCUUCACUUUCUCUGCAUCUUGUUUUAAUCUCUUUCCUCAAAAUCCUCCGCCCUUCUCCCCCGACCGCUCAGUUCAACGGGCCAACCAGCUCCAGUUUGAGUCCUUCUACCAUUUACCAGUGAUGGAGACCAAUGAGGUCAUUGGGACCUUCGCCAGAUCUGAGUCUCAAUACAAUUCUUUUGAUUUCAUUCUUUGUUUUUGACCUCUGAUCUGCACUAUUAACAGUGGAACCAUAUGUAGAUGCAUGUGCCUUUCAAAAUCAACUGUAUUCACCACAGGUGAACUCCAUGUUAGCUGCAGUCAUCUGAAUUUUGAGCUUCAUAGCAAAGGCUGUGAAAACUUACAUAAAUGGGACUUUUCCAUCGCCUUUUUUUUCAGUAAAUUUACACAAAUCAAUUUGUUUUUUCAAUAUUGUCAUAAAAUGGCAUAUUUGUGUGUAGAGAUUAAUUUAAGAUAAUUUAGAAUAAUGCUCUAAUGUAUUAAAAUGUGUGGAAAGUGCAGCUCUGUGAAUACUUUCUGGACAUUUUGUCAGAAAUGCUCCCUUGAAUGCGGUGUGUUCUUAAAACAGCUACUUUCAUACUCUCCCAUGGUGCAGCUAAAUGUAUAGAUGUGAUCCUCUUAACUACACUUCCAACCUGUGUCAGACCGGAUUCUCGGUUUGUUUUGAAACCAGCAAAUAAACCCAAUCAACUCCUGAAUUAUGGCUGCUGUUUGCUCACCGUCCGGCUGAUGGUUGUUGCAGUUAUUGGUGGAGCUAUUUCUCCGAGGAGCUGUCCAUCAGGCUCAGUUAAGAUUACUUCAGUUAUUUCUAUUUACUAAAUGCCACAAUGAUGACACGCAAAAAUAAAAUUCUCUUAUCAGUUUCUUCA